AUGUCAGGCCCAUCUAAAAUAUUCACAGAUGGAGAUGACAUACCGAUAAACUUCUUCUUUCACAACUCUAUUAAGAAAGAUGGGACAAAGCAAAAGUUGAAAGCAGAUAUUGAGGAACAUGGUGGGCGCGUUGUGGAGGAUGUUUUUAGUGCCGAUACAAUUCUUGUAGAUCUACAUUACGGCGAAGCAAACAGACGAACGUUGGAGAGAUCCUAUGUCACUGAUUCGAAUCCAACGCUGCAUAAAAUCUUUGUGGAAUAUUCCCCUUUUAUCAGAAAGUGUAUAGGAAGGGGGGAAUAUCGUCACCCCAAUCCGCAAAGACAGGGUAUGAACGGAAUUAGACCUGGGAGUCGUCGUCAGAUGUUUACUGAAGAUGAUGAUGAAAGACUUGCAGAUUACAUAGCCAAAAGCAUUCCGGAUGAAAAGGCUGGCGGUCGGCUAUCUCUUAACUUUUAUAAAGACCUUGUUAGAAUGGGAUUGUUGAAUCCAGAAGUUUGCGGCUGGGCAACUCGACACACCGCGGAGUCUUGGAAAGAAAGGUACAAGAAGCGUAGGCAAACAUUCAACCGAAGGAUAAAAGAAAUAGUGGCGCAAAAUCCUGCUCCUAGUCAAAAUCAAUUAUGGAUAUAUGACAGACGACUCAAUGGAAAAAGGAUUCAAGAACAUGAUAGUACUGAAGACGAAGACGAAGACCAGGAUGGAGACACAGAAACAUGGGACGAAGAAGCCGAGGAAACAGGACAACAAGAGGAAGAAGAAAAUGACAACCGGUACGACACUGAGAGAGAUGAAGAAAGACGUCCUUUAAAAUCCCGGCGUACGGCAAAGAAUAUCAAGGCAAGACAAUCUGGUCAUUCCCAUGGUUCUCAAAGACCAGUACAAGGAAAAGGCAAAGCAAGGGCAGUUCAACCACAAGAAUUAGUCGACGAAUACGACGUUGAAAACACCAAUGCAAACUCUGAAAAUCAUGAACUUUUUGGGCAUGAACCAGGGCCAUCUAACCAAAAUCUUAUACCUAUGCCUCCAGAACGAAACCGUCAGCUAGAUAAUGUCCCUCUGCAAGACUCCCAUGUUAGCGUGCCAAAUGUUACCACCAAGUUCAUGCAUGAUGAGGGGCCUUCUCGUCAAAACAGCCCAAUGUUUUCGGGUGCUCUUCCAUGGCCCACUCCAAUUCCACCCAAAAUGUCUUUACACCCUUCCCCGAUGCAACAGGCUGGACCACAAGCACUUUCAUCCCCUCCUAGAUAUCGAAGUCAACCUCCUGCCUCCAAAGCGAAAGAAAUUCCUCCGACGACAACGACUGCCAGAUCAAAGCGUGUCAUUCCAAAGAUGGCCGCUCGACGUCCUCGUGCUUUCAAUAGCCAAAACCCAAGUUCACAGUCAAAAACUCGUUCUGAAGCGUCCAUUGAUGCACCAGAAACUAACUCUAAGCGGCAGAACACAAACAGUGCUGGAACGGUCAAUAUUCUAAGCACGGAACAAGUUGAGGCCGAUUCAGUGGCUGUUGCGUCACGUUCUCGUCCUAGCCAAGAUUCGAUUGGUAAAGGACGCGCUAAUAAGUCCUCAAAGGCCAUAAUCCAGGUUGAACACAGUCAUAGGCAGCUUGUUGAACCUGAUCCGCGUUCCCCUUCAAUGGAUACGGAUGAUGCACAAAUCAAAGGAGAACUUUUCACCAAUCAGUCUCAGUCGACAUUCUUCAAAACGGUACCGAUAAGAGCCUCCAGUCCCAUUGAACUUCCGUCUCAAUUCCUGGAAUCAUGGGAGACCUCACGGGACAGAGCGUCGAAGACGAAUAACAUAUUCCUAUCGCAGCAGUCGAGUUCUGGUCAUGAUGUCGAGACUCAGAACCGAGGUCCGUUUACACCUACCUUUGGUCACUCUCGUGAAAGAUCCACAUCUUCCGACGACUCGUUCCCUUUUGAAGGCACUAAUGCUAGUGCGUACAAGAAGGUCCAAACUCAGAAAGCAAAGUAUACCCCAUACCGGCCUCUUGAAGGCACUCGUGCCUCUCAAUACGCCAGUUAA